AUGGCCAAACGCGUCUCCUUUAGGCAAAGGAAGCACACGCUCGAUCUUCCUCUUCCUUUCUCCUUCGUCCUCAGCAGCAGCAAGAGCCACUACAACAAGGAUAAUAACAGCAGCAGCACCAACAGCAUCAGCAUCAGCAGCAACAGCACUAGAACCAUGCCCUGCAACUGCACUGCUCCCGGGGCGGACCCAUCGGCGGCGUGGCCCGCGCUCAUUUCCCUCAGCUUCGAGGGAAUUGCCCAGCUAGGGGCCGGUGGGAUAAUGGGCAUCAUUGCCACGAUGGGAUUGUUUUUUGGCCUGUGUGCCACAAACUUGUCGGGAGCCAUUGGCUACGCCAUUCGGCGCUGGGCGGACUCCCGCCGCCCCGACCUCCCACCCCCCACCACUACUGCUACCACCACCACCGACAACCCGCCGCCUCCUCUUACUCUCCCCGUAGAGGAGCCCGCCCCCGCCGACCCUGCCAUCGCCGAUUCUCCGCCGCCUCCUCCUUCCUCCACCGAGGAGGCCCCUCCCGCUUCCGGCCCCACUGACGAGGAGUCCUGCUCCUCAGUUGACAUCUCUAAGUUGGAGCCCAUGGACACCGCCUUGCAAGCCUUUGAGGAGGCCGAUGCGCCCGCUCCUGAGGAGGAGCUUCUACCCUCCAGCAAACUCGUUGUAAGUAAAAGCAAACUCUAUAAGAGUCAAAAAUAUGUGAGACUUCUUUUCUUUUUUUCUCCUGUUUUUUGUAUUUUUUAUUGUUUUUUAUUUUUUUAUUUAUUUUUUUUAUUUUUUUUAUUCAAGGAGCAAAUAAAUAAUUUUUUGUCCAGAGAAAUCUAA